AUGGACAAAUCAGAUCCUGAAACUGAUAAAAAACGAAAAAAUGAAAGUAAUAUCAAUGUGGUCAAUGGAAUAUGCACAUUUGAGACCGUGAAACCAGGCCCAAGCACAUCAAACGGUGGUAAAGAGAUGGAGGUUAAUGUAAGUUGAUGUAUUUAUACUUUGAAUUGGGUUUUAAACGAUGAAACUUUCAGAAAAUCUUUAGAAAACUUUACUUUAUGUUUUUUGAAAGUUUGAGGAGUAGCGAGCUUCUAACUUUUGUUUUACAGCAAAAAGUAUAUCUGAUGUUAUGGUUACUAUUGAUAUUGGUUAGGUCUCAUAAAUCUUUGUAUUAUAAUAUAAAUUUUAGGCGAAAAAAGCAAGAAUAGUAAUUGAUAGUGAUGAUGACGACAUUGAAGUGCUGGAUCAUGUUAUCAAAACGGAUAAUAACGUUAGAAUUGUAAGUUACUUUAUUAUUGGUGUUGAUGUUUAGGAAAUUGUUGAGUUUUGAUCAAUUUGGACAGGCUUGUCUUCAAAUAGGCUCGGACAAGUUAGAUUAGAGUCUUUGCAAGCUUUUUGUGAGAUUUUUACUAAAAUCAACGUUAAAAACUUUUUGAUUUUAAGGGUUUGAUCAACAUAACCUAAAACGAUAUAAUUUUAGUCGAUGAAGAACUUUGAUCCGAAACUGAUGAAAGAUGUUAGUGAUCCUAAAUUUAAAUUGAAGCCGACUACAUUUGUUAAUGAUAGAAUGUUGGAAAUAAACGACUUUUCUCAAGGUAAAGAGCAAUAUAAUGUUUCGGUUUGGAAUUAUGGAGGUACACGGCCAUUGGAUUUGAACUUUACCUACUUGUACAAGCCUGUAAUUGACAAAGAAGCGCAUAAAAAGCAGAUGGAAAAGUUAAUAAAGAAGGGCUGUAAACGGCAGAAUGUAAGUUUUGACAUUUUUAAUAGUUUCUCUUCAUUUUUAGGUUAUUAACCAGCUAAUAGAACCUAAAACAAUAUAAAAGCCUGUAUCCUUCUAGGUUUUUCAUCCAAGUGGCUGUAAUUGUGAACCAGGCCAGUGUGGAACAGACAAAUGCUCCUGCCGAAGACGUUCUAUCAUGAAGUUAAAAAAUGGAAAGGUUCCGGACGUUGAAGCCGUUCGAAUCUGCGAACCAGUUCAAGAGGUGCUAGAAUGUCGAAAAGGUGUCUGUGGCUGUUCUGCUAGAUGUCAAAAUGUGUUGACUAAACCUGGAAUGCAAUUUCGAACUGAAAUCCGGAAUUUGGAAUGGAAAGGAUAUGGAGUUUUUGCGUUGGAGUACAUACCUAAAGGUAGGUUAAUAUAAUUUUUUAUUUUUUUGUUAGUUUUUAGGUGAUUUUUUUAGGAGUUUGCAGUUGUUUUUGAUGACAAAUGUUGUAGGAUCGUAUUUUGGUGAAUAUUUGGGUGAAGUGGUGUAUGAUCAAGGAACACGAAUCGAAGGAAGCUUCAUGUACAAGGUCGAAGGUGUUCGUGGAGUAAGUGGCUUUAAACUUGAUUCUGGGCUUAAAUAUUAUUUUUUAAGGUUUAAAAAAGCUAAGAUAUCAUAAAAGCUAAUAUAUGUUAUCCGAAAGAAUACCUAAAUUUAAUAUUUUAGUCUAAAAGAGCUCUUUUUCUACCUUAAUAUCUUCUAAAACAAUAUUUUCAAUCAAAAUAUGCCAAAAUUAAUGUUUAUAUUUUAAGAAAGAGUACUUUGAGUACCUAAUUGACGCCCGAUACUAUGGUAAUCUGUCAAGCUACAUGAACCACGCUUGCAAUAACAAUAUGGCUCCGAUGUACUUUGUCCGAGACGAAUCAUACUCAAUAUUAUUCCCUCAGCUUGGAUUCAUAGCAAUUGAAGACAUUUUACCUGGCGAAGAGAUCACUCUGAAUUAUGGUCGAGCUUAUUUUGAGUUGUACAACAAGAAAUGUUAUUGUUAUUAUUCGAAAUGUGAAUUUGGAAUGUUUCGAUCGGCCGAAGAGGUGCAGGAGGCGAUUGAAAAUGAGAAGAGAACGGCCAAAGAAAGGGAGGCCAAGGCGGAGGAGUACAGGAAGAUUGCAGGUAAGGGUUUUGGGUGAGGUAUUUAGGGGGCGAGUAGGGUAGGGUAGUUGGUGGGGUAGGUAUUGUAUAUAAAGAUAAAGUGAAGUUGAGCGGGGUACUCAAUAGAUAUCUUUCUUACUACUUUUGAUACAUAAAGGGUGCUAUUAGUACUAUUUUAGUAUUAAAAAGCUACUAUCAGUACUAUUUUUUUAUACUAAAGGUUUACUGAUAGUACGAUUUUUGGUGCUAAGCAAGUAUUUUCAAGCAUGUUCAGUACUAUAGUAGUAUCAAAAGGUACUUUUUGUGCUUUUGGUACUUAGUAGAUACCUACGUACUGUUUAGUACAGUUUUUUUGUUAUGACACUGUUUUUCUUCCUUUUCAGAACAAAAACGACAAGAACUUUUGACACCAGUCACAAUCGACUAG